CUCGUCAGUCCGGAUCGGACAAAUUGGUCGGCUUCCGCAAUCGUAAUGGCCCUUUUCUCCACGCACAUCUCGUAUCCUUGCGACGACGGUCAUCAUUCUACGACGUAUUAUCAAGCGAUCACGAUAUUACACGUUUCACGUGCGGCGCGUAUGUGAUUUACAGCCCACAGCGCAGCGGCGUAGAGUCCAAGUCCGGUGUAUAUCGGAACACCGAAUACUAGUUUUCCUUCGCGUCUAUAUUAACGGAUGCACGCGGUACAUGUGUGUUGCGUGCGUGCGUGCGAAGAGGGGACCCCACGAGGAAAGGACCCUGUUAGUCCCCCCCGUAGUAGGUUCGUGGACGACGACGGGAAGGGGGUGGCAGGGGUUUCUGUAUCGGGGAGACUACGAUAACGCAGGCUUGCCCCGUCUAAUUAUUCGUGUUUACCCGCAGAGGUUGCGAAGAAGAAGCGCGGUCAGAAGCGGAGCGGAGCGGAACGGAGCGGACGUCGGGGCACGGCGUGCAGCUCAGGACGACAUCGGGAGCGAGGAAAGGAUGGCUGGCCGUCUUCGAGCCACGGCCAGGAUGCUCGCCGUCUGCCUGGUCUACCUUUGGACGCUCCUCGGUUCGUACUGUCAAAUGGCACCAGCCGUGGCUGGUGGCACCAAGGGUUGGCAAGUAGGAAACGGUCACAAAUACAAGCUGACGAACACGCUGAUCUUUAGAGAGACCGAAUCAUCGAAACCUACGGGUGACGUCGGUUUCAGAUUGACCGGCGAGCUGGACAUCACUGCCCUAUGGCAGGAUUUUAACGAUCCCAAUAUCUUUUUACUUAAAUUCGAGUUACUGUCACCGCAGUUAUGGAUCAAGUCCCGGCGAGCUCCGGAGCCGGAGGGCUUCGUGGAACACUCGUCCAAGAUAGAGCAGGCAGCCGAGAAGCCCUUCUUCGUACUUUGGCGACACGGCGAUGUCGAGGCUGUGUACAUGGACCCAGCCGAGAGCGCAUCAUCCGCGAACCUGAAACGCGGCUUAGCUAAUCUCUUCCAAUACCGAACGCUUGACGACGAAGUGCGUCAACGAGACGCUUCCGGUCUCUGCGACGUGACCUAUCUCACGUCCGGAGAUAGUGUUAUCGAGAAACGAAAGACGGCCUGCACACAUGGCACACUGCCACCAUCGAAGCAACACCCGAAUCCGAUGUUUGCUGUUAGACUCGAGAGUUAUCGUAAUUCUAAGUACAUGCUAACGCAAUCGCUGUUGCCAGAGCGCGUGAUCGACUAUGAGGGACACAAAAUGAUCUUGGUGUCUAAGCCUGACGUCGGUACGAGUGUCGUAUCGGAGAGAACGCUGGAACAGACAGUCGAGACCAUCAGUGCAACGGCGGUUCAUGCGAAUUCUGCGAAGCAGGCUGUGGUGCUGCUUAAGCCUGAAUAUAAAGAGACUGACAUCGAGCUCCAACCGAUGCUCGCCACAUGUCCUGAUGCCGGAUGUCCCACAAUUGAUCAAGCGAUCGAAGAAUAUUACAAAACACUUACUGCUUCCGAGCUGGGCACGGCGAAAUCCGCGUCGGCUUUCCUCAAGCUUUUACCUCUAGUCAGGAACGCCUCGCCCGAGGAGCUGCACAAGAUCCUAAAGACGCCGCGCAAUCAACGGAUAAAGAUGCAGCUGCUGGAUAUAUUCGGCGCCGCUUCUACAUUAUCCGCUCAUCAAGCUGCCAUGAAGAUACUCCGGCAGGAUGAGACCGGCGAUGAGACUGAAAGGUAUCUGUGGGCACUAUCUCUCUCGCCGACGCCACAUGUCGAUGUUGCCAGAGAUAUUCUACGUCGCUCCGAGGAGACGAUGCAAAACGACAAAGUAUCCGAGACUUAUGCACUCACGGCGGGCGCGAUGGCGCGACAUUACGGGUCCGCCGCGGUGAUAGAGAAGGCGCGAGUCAGCCUGGAACUAGGCUUAGAGACCUGCACUGGCGAGGAGUGCAAGCUCAAGUUCUUGCGAGCUCUACGAAAUCUGAGAUGCCCGGCGGCAAUACCCACGUUGCUGGUGCACGCAUUAAGCGACAGCAAAACCAUCAGCAUCGCCGCUUGGCGCGCUUUGAAGGCUCUUCCACGUGAAGCUGUGACCGACGAAUUGAAGAGCGCGGCAUAUAAGGUUUUCUACCAGAUCGGAGGGCCGCGAAGGGACAGCAGCGUGCGAACGAUCGCGCUGGAUGUUAUCCUAGAGAACGAGCCUAUCGAAGAGGUUCUACGCGACUUCAUGAAAUAUUUGAGCAGCAAUGACCCAGCCUAUGAAGUCCGUAAGUACUUGACUCAACGUCUGGAGCUGCUCGCCGAGAGAGACGCACGAUUCGCUGAAUACUUGAGGAAUAUAUACGUUAUUGGCAACGUGACGCUCAACAAUUAUCACAUGCAAGCGCAGCGGGGUCUCAGCACCGCUUUCGCGAGGCACUUCCUGCGCUCACCCGACAGUAAUGGUUCAUUGGUUACCGUUCAGGAAGUGAAUUCCGGUCUUCUGAAGCGCGGCAUCGUGGACGUCGUACUGGAGAGCAAUGAGCAACGGCAAGCGAUGUUCUCGCUGGGACUAUUCGCUGGCGGUCUUGGCAGCUUCGUAUCGAAUCAAGAUGAAGUGACGGAGGUCGACGACGUCGAGGUUGCCACUGCUGGAAUGGAGAUUGAUAUUCUUGACGUCGGGAUACGACCUUUCGUCUUUUUCACCGGGCAGAGCGAACUGAUGGGCCACGUCUGGUCAGGCACUGCGGACACAAGGACCCCCGCCUUUCAAGCUCUCGCUUCACUGUACAGUCAUAGCGAAUAUGUGCCAUUGGGAUCCGGUUUCGUCGCCGAGCUCGACGUUCAAGGCGCCGUGAGUUUCGAGCUGGCCGGUGAGAUUCAGCUUAGUCUAUGGUCGAGAAAUGCACGCUCCCUGGUAGAGAUGAACGCCGGCGUGACGGUCCAUGGCGGCACCAGGGUGCACACGAGCUUCGUGCAGAGCAAGGCGGAAUUCACGAUGGCAAUGGAGCCGAAGCUCCAACUAUCCACCACCGUGGAUUUCAGUGGACCUUCAGCGUUGUGCAUGAGACUAAGCCAGCCGGUUACUACGGUGAAGUAUCAGGUCUACAAAAUCGAAAGGAUACCCGGCAGCCGGCAUAGACUGAGAAAAACGCGCCGGAUGAAAGUUCACUCACCUGGCAGGUCCUACAAGCUCAAUCAAAAAAACAAUGAAAUGUGCGCGAAGUUCACGAAUUUAAGUUAACGCAUACCGAAGACUACUCAGUGAUUUUUUUGAUUGUCGAUAAAGGAUUGUGAAACUGUUGUUUUUAUUAUUGUGAUUUUAAAGGUGAAAUCUAUGAUAAUAUAGCAGCGUUUGUGUUCAAAUUGAUGGAUAAUGCUAUAUUUCAACCUCGAUAUGACAAUGCAUUCAUUACUCAAAUUUAUUUUAGAUUAAUAUUGUUUUAGCAUUUUAGUCAAAAAAGAUAAAGUCCAAAAUUUAAAUCUUGAAAUUUUCUUUAUAUUCUUACUUAAUUGUUCUAAACAUUAAUUGCAAUUCCAAUUGGCUGGUUUUGUAUAUAAAAACUCUGAAACACAGUUAAAAGGUUUUUCACAAAAACGAGUCCAAAAGUCAAAUUUUCAAGAAAUAAAAAUCUUUACCUGCGAAUCGUUCAUUUUGUAAAUAUAGUAAUUUUUCUCCGGCAUUGAUAAAUAGGCGAUUUUAUUUUUUAAAUUCUAUAGUAUAUAUAAAUAUACAUACUAAAUACAUUAACAUCAUUAUAAGCGCGUUCUGAAUAGGCCUUUAUAUUUCCCGUUUUCUGUUUGAGUCUUGUCGAAAUAAAAUGUUCAUGAUGUGACGCUGCUCGUAGAGAACGAUUUAGCGCUAUAACCUAGAUUUUUUUAAAUGGAGCUUACUUGGUUUCUGUGGAAAACCUUUCAGUUGAUCUCUGAUUUGUCUCUCAUUUUAUAUUGUAUAUUUCAAUUUUGAUAUUAUACGCAAUAAUGAUACAAUGCAUUCUUCUCUUCUUCGAAAAUCGAAUCGUUACGCAUCUGAAUUCAAAUGUAUUUAUAUUAUGUAUUUUGUACACUCGUUUUUACAUAAUAUCACGUUAAUUCUGUUAAUAAAAAAGCGAAAGAAACAUAUAUUCUUCGUUCUGUGCAAUGUUCACGACGUCUAAUUACUCAUCACUCUGUUACUUCAAAAGUGAUACAGAAAUUAACCUUCCAUUGACAAUGGGGAUCUUUAAAAGUAUAACCAUCGAUAUUUUGAUUGUGAAUUUUUUGUAGAUAAAUUUAAAUCUGUAAAAAAUAAGUAAAAUAUAA